AACGCAGGCAACAAUCAACAAAAACAUCCGGGCACGGUGCAGUCAAGUGAAAAGGGAAGAAUGAAAAUGGGAAGUUGAUGUCCAUAAGCAGAUGACAUGAUGCUGUUCUAUUGAAUUGUUACACUUAUAAGUUGAUUUCAGAAGUGCUUUCUUUCUACAAUUAUAAUGGAUAACAGUACGUUUUGUCUCCAGGAUUUAAGUGGUUCUGAUCUUGAAGAAGGUGACUGUGACAUGAGCAAAGCCCAGGUCGCCUCGGACAAGACCUGUAUUGACGGAACUGGCUCAAGAGACGGCGAGGAGCAACGAAAUGCGAACAGUGAUACGGAAGGAAGCAACAGCAAUGCUCUGGAAUGCCCUGUUUGUUUGCAGACGUGUAUCUACCCUGUACAGUUGCCCUGUAUGCAUAUCUUCUGCUUCUUGUGUGUGAAAGGCGUUGCCAACAGAAGCACACGUUGUGCCUUGUGCCGCCAGCAGAUCCCAGCGGACUUCUUUUGCCAGCCCAAUCUGGUGGAAUGGGAUAGUCUGGAGAAUCCUGUCACCUUUGACGAUGGCUACGGCUGGUUUUAUGGUGGUGUGAACGGCUGGUGGCAAUACGAUGAACGGACGUCCCAAGAGCUGGAGACGCAUCAUAAGGCUGGCCACGCAUCAUGCGAACUGCUUAUUGCCGGCUAUGUCUACAUCAUCGAUCUCACUAACAUGGUGCAGACUCGCAGAAAUGAUCGCACCAAGAAACGCAGAAUUAAACGUGAUCUGGUGACCCUCCCGGGCCGUAAAGGAAUCGCAGGAUUAAAAAUCAACUCAGAAGGUGCCCAACCCGACUCUGAUAGACCAGGCGCAGAUGGCCAUGAAAGCGGCGGGCCAGGUCGGCAGGCCAUUCCGAUCCAGCGGGCCGUUCGCUCGAGCGACACCCAGUCUGUGUCCCCUCCCACUCCGUACAACACCCCACAGACCCCGCAAACUCCGUCGGAGAGCCCGCCAACCACCACAGAGCCCGACCUGUCGGUGCAGCUGGAACGCCUGAGGUUGGAGCCCCUGACCUCACAGAUCCGCGGGGGCUCCAGCAGCUCCAGUCAUGGCUACAAUACGCCGGAGCAGUUGACCUCCUCGCAGGACGACACGGCACGCCUGUACGGCGUCAGCGCCAGUCUGGAGCAGUACCAGGCCAGGGAGAAUAGCUCGGCGGGAACUUCUUCAAGCGGUGCUGCAGUGAUGACCGAUGAGGAAGACAACGCAAGAAAUCAGAGCUGUGCGGGUUCUAAGUUUGUUUAGCACACUCUGUUGACAGUGUUAUUAUGUUCUGAAGUGUGUGAUUCUGAGAAAUAGGCAACUUUGUAUUUGUGUGAGAACCAUGGCCUCAAAGAAUAAAGACUGACGGUCAUGGUGCGGUAACUAUAGAACAUAAGUACUAUGGGUUUCAAUUUGUGUCAUUUGUCGUCGUUUAAGUCCAAACAUUUUUGGGGGUUUUGGGCCACUUGAAACAUUUUCAGUCAGAAUAUCAAGUACACAGCAUUAGAGUAUUUAUUAUUAUAGCACUAUUAUUACAUUGCUAGUGGGGAGAAGACUAGGCCUAUAAAUUUGUGGCCUAAGUAAUUUACGUGCUGAGUGUGAGUCCCCAAGCUGUCUCUGCCAGUUCCUAUGAGUAAGUAUAAGAAUGUAUAUAAAUAAAUAAAUGUGUAUUUGACCAUUCUUCUACUUUCUACCGACUAGAGAAAUUAAUUGAAUUAUUCAGAAACUGCUUGGCAGCACACUAAAUCGGCUUCUUGCCUCGGGCUCGGGGCUGACUUAAGUGGCCAGAUCAAUACUCUGAAAACUGUUUCAGUAGUUAGUGGGGUCUGUUUUAUUUGUGCCGUCCAGCACUUUUUCCCUGGGUCGUCCCAACCUUGUAUUGUAUGUCAUGUACAGUUACAACACUCUAGGGUAACAUAUAUAUGUUAUGGGUCCAAUCACUGGUAAUUAUUUAAGGAGUACCGUUCACACACUACUAACAAUGCCUUUCAUUUUUUUUUUGCUUACUUUCUUUCUAAUAGCUUUCUGUCGGGCCCCUUGCUUCUUGAAAUAAUACAAUACAGAAACUUUCAGGGUUUAUCAGUUUUCCUAUUUGUAAGGUCUUGCCAUUAUUAAUUGUAUAAAUUUUCAGAAUAUGCUUUUCAUAAGAUUAAUAAUUGUUUUGUUUUGUUUUUUUUUCAUUUCUGUGAUCCACUUUCUUUACUGUGUAUGGGGUUGUUUUAUGAGAUGAUCGAGUGCUUAGUCCUUACAGAAAAGCAUAACCCGAAGACCCUAAAUUGUGUCAAAUAGGGUGUAUAAUAUUUACUAUUUAUUGGUUUAGGUCACUUUUCAUGGCCUCCAAAUUUUCAAAACCAGUAGAUUGAGAAGAAGACUUUUUUUUGGGGGGGAAUGAUCUUUUUUUUUUCAAAUUAAAAAAAAUAAUGUGCUGUCGUUUCUGAUGAACCAAGACUUGGUAUAGCAUAGCUGCCAAACUGUGUAAAAAACAUAUUUAACAUGUUUUUGGAGGUCUGAGAACUGAAGUCUUUUUUUUUUUUAAAUAAGAAGAUAAAUCUAAGCUGUUUCCUGGUAUUGCUCCUCAAGGGUUUGCCGAUGAUGAAAAAAAAUUAGGAACUUUCAUGUUUCAAGACUGGAUUUGAAAGUACAGUUAUAACACGUAUAGCUUGAAUUCGUCUGGACCGGCCCGGGUAGUUCGAGGGAUAUCUUACAAAGAUAAAGAAGAAGAAGGAAAAACCGGGAGCGCAGGCACAGUUCGACGGAUGCGUGGGGUGCAUAAGUUCGAGUCUUCUGUGUUCGACCUAUCCGUGUUAUACUGUAGUUAUGAGAAUUAAGUCUAUAAAAGUUCAUCGCAGAGAUAUUUCCGUACAGGACUACUAUGAAACUGCUUCAAUUAAUUGAAUGUGGAAAAGUGUUUAUAAAUAGUUUGGGGGGGGGGGGGGGGGGGGGGGGGCGGGGUUGUGACCUGUCCAGUGACUUCCCUCUUGACCCGGCACAUAGGUAAAGUCUGUUUGGUUUUUUAAAGUUUAGUUGGCAGCUAUGGUAUAGCACGGGUUGGGUUCUUUCCCCCACCCAUCUUUUGUCUUAAAUUCUUUCUACCCAAGUCUCACUGCAUUGCUUAUUCUAUUAUUAACGUAGACUUUCCCCUUCUUUCUAUUAUCUAACUAAACUUAUAUGUGUAUAAGUAAUUGUGUCAAAAAUUGUACAGAAUGACCAGUUUUCAUUCAUUGAUCUACAAAAUGACAUUCGACAUGGUGUUUGUGUGAUGUUUAUGCAAAAAAGGGAAUUUGUGAAGUAUGCCUGUUUUUGAGAGAUUUGUGGAAAGGAAAAUUUUGCUUCGUUUACACGUUUGUCGAAUAAUUUGGUGAGUGAAAAAAUAUGUUAUUAAAUUGCCAGUCUCUGAUGGAUGAGAGAAUAAGGGAAAGAAAACUUGUGAUUCAUAAUUAUUUUAUUAUAUUAUGCACAUGUGUGUAUUGUAAGUAGGUAGUUCCACAGUGAACGAGAACAUUUUCUUUUGCUACCUUCUAGUCCCUUAAAGUUUGUCCGCCCAUAAUGGGCUAAAGGCCUGUGCACAAACCUAUAUAUAUAAUGGUGUUAAAUUGCAUUUAUAAGAAUAGUUUUUCUAGGAUUAUGCUACAUCCAUUCUUUAAAGUAUGCAGACCUUUCCAUUGGGACAACAAUUAUUAAAUUGAUCUCUCUCUCUCUCUCUCUCUCUCUCUCUCUCUCUCUCUCUCUCUCUCUCUGAGUAGGGAAGAGUGUAAGACACCUAAUGUUUCUGCCUUUUUGUGUUUGAAUUAAGUUUUCAUUCCUUGUCCAUAGACUUAUUACUGUGCUGUAUGGUCGCUUUUGAGGACUAGUGGGCUAACCCAGAUUUCGAGGGUUUCCAGAAAUCUUGAGCUACACCAAAAGUGGGCAUUGCCCUACCUAUUGGAGAAGUUUGGUUUCAUUGUUGUGUGUAUAUAUUUGUUUUGUCAAAGAGAAAUAAUGAGAACAAAGCCCAUAAGUCAAUAGGGGUUUUGUCCCUUUCCAUUUCUGACAUGAUUGUUCCAUGUCUACUGUGCUUUUUAUGUGUGUGUGUGUUUGUAUUCACAUCUACGGGCGUGUAUAUGAAUGCCUACUUGGAUGACAUAACCCCCCCCCCCCCCUUCCAACUAGGGCAGUCCUACUGUAAAACCUUACUAAACAACAACAUUAUGUGUGUACGUUUGUGUUCACAUCUACGAGCGUGUAUAAAUGUUUACUUGGAUGAUGUGUGUGCAAUUAUGGCCGAUUAGUCAUAAAAUCACAGAUACAUUUCUCUUGUGUACAAACUUGUAAAGAUGUACAUAUGUACACGUAUUGAUUAUUGAAACGUGUAUGACUGAACGAUUGUGUGUUCUGGUUGAUUGGUUUUACUUGUAAGAUGUUGUGUCAUGCCUUUUUGUUGGUCUCUGUCUAUUGUUGAUGCAGGAGAGACCCAGGUUCAAUUCCUGAGUGGGGAGAAAUCUUUGUCAAAUAUCAUCGUCGUGGUCUUUCUGCUGGGAUGUUGUAUCCCUCUCUGCCCAGAUUGUCCGUGACAGGCGGGAUGGGAAGUUCACUUCAUAAAUUAUGUCAAUUGUGAUGACGGAGAAAAACGCAACAUCUCCACUUUAAAAAAAUUGCCCCAAGCUCUUCUCAUACUCAAAUGACAUAACCCAGCCUGUCCCACACUUUCUGCCUUUUAUUCGGUUCUUUAAAAAGUGAGAAGAUAACCAUCAUGAAAGGUUUCUGGCAUUGGUAACAUCAUUUCAUCAGCGCCGUUCCAUCACAAGCCCUCUAGGUCAGUUUGUGAAGUUGGAA